CCGCCCAUGGGUAGGCUGGGUGGAAGGGCGGGUCAGGGGCACCAGUCCGAUGGGGCGGGCGGGCGGCCGAAGGCAGGGAGGGACAGGCGAGGAGGGACGGGAGGCGCGGUGUCCACGCCCUGCGCCCGGGCCCGGCUGAGGGUGUCCUCGGGCGCGCGGCGGGUGAAGGGCUCAGGUUGGACGCGGCGCCAUGCGCGGCCCUCCUGCCUGGCCGGUGCUGCUUCUGGCGCGGCGGUGCCUGGCCGCCCGCACGUGGACGCCGUCGGGUCCUGCGUGGGCCACGGCCGCCCAGACAUGGACCCUGGCUCCGCAUGCCCUCGGGACCCCGCUGGCGUGGACGGGCCUGCAACCGGCGCUGCCGGGAGGCGUGAGCCUCGCGCGUGCCCUGGUGCGUUCGGCCGUGUCCCCCGCAGCCCGCAGACUUUAGCUGUCAAGGGUCUCAAGACCCUCCCUCAGGAGGGAGGCUUUGCUGGUGCUGCUGUGCCCAUACCUGCCUGUCUAAUAACUGUCGGCCCAGUGACCUCUUCCCUGUCUCUGCCCUGCCCACCAAGACUUGCACAAGCUGCUGUUGGCUUUCUGGCUGUGUCCAGUGUCAUCACCAUGUCCGCUCCUUUCUUCCUGGGGAAGAUCAUUGAUGUCAUCUAUACCAAUCCCACCUCAGACUACGGUGAGAGCCUGACCCGCCUCUGCCUGGGGCUCACCUGUGUGUUCCUAUGCGGAGCUGCUGCCAACGCCGUCCGAGUCUACCUCAUGCAGUCCUCAGGCCAACGCAUUGUGAACAGACUUCGGACCUCGCUUUUUUCCUCCGUCCUGAGGCAGGAGAUUGCUUUCUUUGAUAAGACUCCAACAGGAGAACUGAUUAACCGCCUCUCAUCAGACACUGCACUGCUAGGGCGCUCAGUGACUGAAAACCUCUCAGACGGGCUCAGAGCUGGAGCCCAGGCCUCGGUGGGCAUGGGCAUGAUGUUUUUUGUGUCACCCAGUCUAGCCACCUUUGUUUUGAGUGUGGUGCCUCCAGUGUCCAUCCUUGCAGUGAUUUAUGGCCGAUAUCUGCGGAAACUGAGCAAAGCCACACAGGACUCGCUGGCGCAAGCCACACAGCUGGCUGAGGAACGCAUUGGGAACCUAAGAACUGUCCGAGCCUUUGGGAAAGAGAUGACGGAGGUAGAGAAGUACACUGGAAGAGUGGACCACGUGCUGCAGUUAGCAAGGAAGGAGGCCUUCGCCCGGGCUGGCUUCUUUGGAGCAACAGGGCUCUCCGGGAACCUGAUUGUGCUCUCUGUGCUGUACAAGGGAGGUCUGCUGAUGGGCAGCGCUCACAUGACCAUGGGCGAGCUCUCUGCCUUUCUCAUGUAUGCCUUCUGGGUUGGAUUAAGCAUUGGAGGUCUGAGCUCUUUCUACUCAGAGCUGAUGAAAGGACUGGGUGCUGGCGGGCGUCUCUGGGAGCUCCUGGAGCGGCAGCCCCAGCUGCCUUUUGACGUGGGUGUUACUCUAAAUGAGCAGAGUUUCCAGGGCGCCUUGGAGUUCAGGAAUGUGCACUUUGCCUAUCCGGCUCGCCCAGAGGUAUCCAUAUUCCAGGACUUCAGCCUUUCCAUCCCAUCAGGAUCUGUCACAGCGCUGGUUGGCUCCAGUGGUUCUGGCAAAUCUACUGUGGUUUCACUCCUCUUGAGACUGUAUGAUCCCAUUUCUGGAACUAUCAGCCUUGAUGACCACGACAUUCGCCAGCUAAACCCCGUCUGGCUGAGAUCCAAGAUUGGGACUGUCAGUCAGGAGCCAAUUUUGUUCUCUUGUUCCAUCGCUGAGAACAUCGCUUACGGUGCUGACAGCUCAUCCUCAGUGACCGCAGAGCAGGUGCAGAGAGCAGCGGAGGUGGCCAACGCAGCAGGGUUCAUCCGGAGCUUUCCCCAGGGCUUUGACACCAUGGUCGGGGAGAAGGGGGUACUCCUGUCAGGUGGACAGAAACAACGUAUUGCAAUUGCCCGUGCACUGCUUAAGAACCCCAAAAUUCUUCUCCUAGAUGAAGCAACCAGUGCAUUGGAUGCUGAGAAUGAGCAUCUGGUGCAGGAGGCCCUCGAUCGACUGAUGGAGGGCAGAACGGUGCUGAUCAUUGCCCACCGCCUGUCCACCAUCAAGAAUGCUCACCUUGUGGCUGUGCUUGAUCAGGGAAGAAUCAUUGAACACGGAAAACAUGAAGAGCUGCUUUCAAAGCCAGAUGGGAUGUACAGAAAACUAAUGAACAAGCAGAGUUUUAUUUCAGCAUAAAGAACAGUUACUGAGAGACUGAACACAAGAAACUUGAAAGCAAAGCAGCAUUGCAGAAAAAAAUUUUGAGACUAUGAAAUCUGUAAAUGAUACUUCAAGUUAUUUGAAAUACACCUAUUUUUUCAAAGUAUGUAAAAUAUUGCCUCAAAAUGUAUUUGUUCAGGCCGGGGAUUUAGCUCAGUGGUUUCUCCACCUGCCUCGCAAGCACAAGGACCCAAGUUUGAUUCCCAGUACCAAAAAAAAAAUGUAUUUGUUCUCAAGAUCUUUUUACUCAUAGUUUUAAUAAUUGUACAUUUUUAAAUGUCUAUAGUACUGAAUUUAUUUUCAGGUUUUGUACUUUCUUUCCUCUUGGAAUAUUUUAAUUAAUAUAGCAUGGCACCUCAUUUUUUUUUGCCUGCUGUUACAGAUUCAAACUAUUGUCAAAUGACAGCUUUUAAAAAAAAAUGACAGCUUUUUAAAGGGGAUUAUAAAUCAAAAGCCUGCUUCAGGCCAGUUUACCAAUCAGUGUGACCCAUCUACUUUGGGUCUAAUUUUACUAGGUAGAAUAGCAAAAAACGGAAAAUCUAACCCUUUAUUGUAUCCUCGUAAUCUCAUGAAAUGAACAUGUGUAAAAACAAAUAAUUACUGUCAGAUGAAGAGAAGGGAACUUUUGUAUUGCCCAUUUCCUGUGUCUUCAGAGGUAUGAGUUCAGGCAUUUUUAUUUGCAUGGGAGGUGACUAUGUUUGAAUGUGUCUAGUUUUCAACAUUUUGGCACAUGGAAGCCUGAAGAGUUUUUAAAAGAGAAGAAGCCCCAUUCUUUGCACAUGAAAGCUUCUGUUUUCUCUUUCUUUUGAGACAGGGUCUCGCUAUGUAGUCCAGGCUGGCCUCGAACUCACUUUGUAGCCAAGGCUGGCCUUCAACUUCUAGCAAUCCUCCUGCCUCAGCCUCCUAGUGCUAGAAUUACAGGCACGUACUAACAUGCCCAGCCUUUAUUCACAUACUUGUUUCUGUGCUUUUGGAAAGCAAGUCAUAAAUAACCAGGUGUUAUCAA